GUUCGAUAAAUCCUUGCACCAGUUGUGCGUUCGAAAAUCGCUAAGUAUGAUGUCGAGAAGAAUCAUAAAAUUGGAAGACAAAAGUCUGACAUCUGAUUGGUUCAAAAAGUGCAGCAUAUUUCUUAAGAGGUACAUACUUUGAUUGUCACAGAAAUGAAUUUUGGCGCUUUUCUUAUUAUACUUGUUUGAAAUUGAGAUGAAAAGUGUUUUUAAGAUAUGUGGACAAUUGCAGCAGUUAAUAAAAAGAUUGAUGGACCUUUAGGUUCUUACAAUGGAUUAACUGAUGUGCAUUUAGCCCACUUUUUCUCCAGACCGCAUCAACAGUCUCAUUUGAAAGCUGCUAAAUUGAUAACGGAAGAUGGAACAAUCAUUCCUGAACAGAAAGUUAAAAUUGCUACUCUAGAGUAUGAGAAAAAGAAAAAAAUGUAUGAUAUACUUGCCAAUACUGUAAUACAAAACGCUGCUCAUAAAGAAAGUUCUUGGAAUAAAAAACUCAGUAAUUGCCUUGAAGACAUCUUAAAAAUGGAAAAUGUGGAAAGAAUAAAGACAGGGUCUAAGAAAAAGAAUCGAAAUGCUUUUCAUGGAUCAUUCAAAAGCUCUUCAGUGCCGGCUACUUUCCAAAGCUAUGAUUUAUGUAAAUGGUUAAGUGAUAAGAUAAAUGAAAAAAAUAUUCUUUCAACCCCAAAAUCAGCACCAACUACUAACAGAAAAUCUUUUAAGAACCACACAUCAAAUAUUCAUUCUAGUAUAUCAAAGUUGAAGAGAUGCUUUUCAGCUAAGGAAGCGUCUCCUUACGUUUUCCCUCUACUUAUGUGCAACACUCACACAUUUAACCCUCAGAAAGGCGUCCUGCAAACAGUUAAACCGCAUAAAAAGAAAAAGAAGAAGAAAUGGAAGAAAAAUGCUAUAAACGUGGAGCCAAAUAAUCCAAGUUCUGCUGAUACAUCAAGUACAAAGAUAACUAAGCUCUCAUUUCCAGACCAAAAUUUUAAUAUUGACCAGUGUAAAGUGACUUUGUAUUACUAUGGACAUUCUCCCUUAGCUAAAUCUCAAACAGGGAUAGUAGAGGAAAUUACAAUUAGACAGCAGCACUGUGGUGGAACACCAGUAAUCAUCUAUAAAGGACACAUCUCGCCAAAUGAAUCUGUGGCAUUUAUAUGUCUGGACCAUGAAGGCUUCACAUUUAGUAUCACGUUAUUUCUGGAUGGAAUUCGGUAUUUAAAGUUGAGUUCUUGUUGCAUAUUUCGAUAUUCACCUGGAAGGCGCUUAGGAGGCUCCAGUGGUUGUUUUGCAAUUAGAAACAUUGAAGGUGGCAAACCAUGUCUGAGAUGCCAGUAUCGCCAGAUAGAAACUGGUACAAAUCUGUACCAGAGAUUUGAUAUUGUUACCCUAGAAGAUACAAGAUCUAUGAAAGCAGAAGAAUUUGUGGCAGAGGCUUCGAACUUCAAUAGGCUCGAUUUUGUUGAGGUUGUUGAAAAUGACAAUUUAAUAAGGAAUAAUGGAAACGAGAAUCAUACAGAAGAUGAUGUUGCAAGCUCAGUUGCAUCUGAAGUCGUCCAUAGCGCCAGUGAAGAGAUAGAGGAGACUACAGAUAUUUUCAAUGAUAAUCAAGAUGUAAUUCUUAGCAAUGAUGUUACGGAAAAUACAAAUGAAAUUGAAGAUAAAAAUGCUUCUGUUGAAGAAAAUCUUAAUGAUGAAUCAAGUUAUGAUUCAGAAUCAUCAGUCAAAUCCAUUGCAGAAUCCAUUAAAAAUGUUGUAAAAACUGAGGAAUUUCAAUCAAAACCGUAUCAGUCUGAAACUUCUGAUGAUGAUGAUGAUGGUGUUCAAGAACAUAUAGUGAUUGCUUCCGUCCAUGGAUCCCCUUCUUGAACUGCCCAAAAUGUCUCAUAUGACAAGAUAUCACACUACUUUUGAAAGCUUGUUUAAUACUGUUUUAAAUAAAAUGUAAUUCAUUUGAAAAA